UUGGCUUCCCACAAGGAACUCAACCAGGAAGUUGUAGAAUGCUGUAGAAUGCUUCCCACACAGACUUUCAUCCCAAGCGUCCUCCGCAGCCAGUUUCAAGCCCCCCCGCGGCACGACUCGCAAGCAAUGUCUUUGCCAUUCGGGGCUACCAUGUUCACUCCUUUGGAGAGCUCUCUGGGCGGUUUGAUGAUCGGCGCCUCGGCGUCCUUGGCCUACCUCGUGGACGGCCGCAUCACUGGCAUCAGCGGCAUCAUGGGUCCAUUUCUGCGGGGUGUCGGCCAGUGCGAACCGAUGAAGGAUGGACAGCUUUGGAAACUCUUCUUCUUGACAGGCUUGCUGCUGGGUGGCCUGGUGAACUUGGCGAAUUGGGAGUUCUCCUACCCACCCGCCCCGCCUUUGCAUGCUGCUCGCUAUUUGCUGGCAGGCAUCUCUGUGGGCAUCGGCACACGCAUUGGGAAGGGUUGCACCAGUGGUCAUGGCAUUUGCGGACUGCCACGCUUCUCGUUGAGAAGUUGGAUCUCUGUGCCCACCUUCAUGGCAGUGGCUGCUGCCACAGUGGCCAUCACUCGACAUGCCUUGAAGUCCGACGGCGAGUACAGCCCGCAGAUUGCUGAGGUGCAGUGGCCACCCAGGUGGGAAUAUCCUUUGGCAACGUUCUUGGGCAGCCUGGUCUUGAUCGCCCUUUGCGUGCUCGUGCCAGACCGCUACAGAAUAUACCUCUCGCCCUUCUCCUCUGGCCUCAUUUUCGCCUUCGGUUUGGGCGUGUCUGGCAUGACCAACCCCAGCAAGGUGAUGAACUUCUUGGACUUCGGAGGCUACUGGGAUCCUUCCUUGGCCUUCGUCAUGGGCUGUGGCAUUUGCGUCAGUGGUCCUGCGUUCAUCCUCGCCGAGCAACUGGGCAAGGUCACGAAGCCCUUGAUUGAGGGCUGCAAGUUCGAGAACCCGCCGAAGAAGGGGAACUAUGUGCCCCUGGUGAUCGGUGCCAGCUUCUUCGGGCUGGGCUGGGGUCUUUGCGGCCUUUGCCCAGGCCCAGCGCUGGCCGCACUCAUCCCGAAGAUUGUGACGGGCGUUUGGCACAGCUGGGAGCCCGACUUCGGCAUGGCGGCCGCUGCGCUACUGAUCGCCAUCACAUGGCUGGUCACUGACCGAGUAGUGGUGUACCUGACUACUGUGACUCAGAAGCAGGGCGAGGCCUCUGCGGAGACUGAGAAGCAGAUUUCAGGGACCGUCUAGGAUGGCGGCUUUCAUCCACCCGAGAGCUGACGAAAGCUGACAGCCGUGGGGGGGGCGCUCUGACAAUGAUAGGCUUCCCAGUUUUCCUCUUUGCAGAAGCCUUCGGUCGUCCUAAGUGGGCAUCAUCGAAGCGUCGUAGAGAUCACUCAGGUCUUCAGAGUAAGGAGCUCCAAACUCCCGACUAAGAUCACUCAGGUC